ACUGCUAGCAAGUGCCACUGAGAUUCGCAAACAAAAUUCACCAGACGUACUUCAAAAGCUUCGCGGCGACGCCUUCCCUUACUUUUUCUCUGUUCUCUCUCUUUAUCGUUCUCUGGAAACCCUAGCUGUCUGAUUGUUCUAUUCGGCUGCUUCCAAGAAACCUCAUUCAUUCCAAUCAGUGAUGUUUGGUGUUUUAAGGCGAAAAGCCGCUUCAGGAGGCGCAUUGUCUGCGUCAUUGAGGGCGUAUGGACCUACUGUUUCAAAGCCUAGAACUUCCUCCAUUUUGGAGAAAAAGGAGUUUGUUUCACAUGACAGUUUGUUUCACAUGAACAGAUUAUACUUCAGCCCAGAGGAUUUGGGUUGGUUGACUACGCUAACACCAAUGAGGAAAGUUGCUGCCAGUCAGCCAGAGCUUAUUAUUCAAAUAUGUGGCAGGCCAUUUUCUUCAGACAAUGGGGAUUUGAUUGAUGCUGUUGUCCCCUUUAUGGGUGAAUCUAUUACUGAUGGGACGCUGGCAAAAUUCUUGAAGAAUCCUGGUGAUGGGGUAGAAGUUGAUGAACCCAUUGCUCAGAUAGAAACAGAUAAGGUGACAGUUGAUGUUGCUAGUCCUGAAGCUGGUGUGAUCCAAAAGUUCGUCGCUAAGGAAGGGGAUACUGUGGAACCAGGUACCAAGAUUGCUGUUAUUUCAAAGCCUGAGGGAGGUGUAGCCCAUGUUGCUCCGUCUGAGAAUAUAUCUGGAAAAGCUGCUUCUCAGCCAUCUCAUCCCACUGAAAAGACUGAAGAGGAUAAGCAAACACCUAAAGUUGAAAUUACUCCUAUGACUGAUAAGCCUAAAGAGUACUCUUUAUCACCUCCUAAACGUUCUGCUAUAGAACCUCAGCUUCCCCCAAAGGAAAGGGAAAGACGAGUUCCUAUGACAAGGAUCCGAAAGCGCGUUGCUACAAGAUUGAAAGAUUCUCAGAAUACGUAUGCUAUGUUGACAACAUUUAAUGAAGUUGAUAUGACAAAUUUGAUGAAGCUUCGUUCUGAUUAUAAGGAUACUUUUGUUGAUAAGCAUGGAGUCAAGUUAGGACUUAUGUCAGGAUUUGUUAAAGCUGCUGUCAGUGGGCUCCAAAAUCAGCCUAUUAUAAAUGCCGUAAUUGAUGGGGAUGAUAUCAUAUAUCGAGAUUAUAUAGAUAUUAGUAUAGCUGUUGGUACUCCAAAGGGUCUUGUUGUGCCAGUUGUCCGAAAUGCCGAUAAGAUGAAUUUUGCUCAGAUAGAGAAGGAGAUCAAUACCCUUGCAAAGAGGGCAAAUGAUGGAUCUUUAUCAAUUGACGAGAUGGCUGGAGGAUCAUUUACAAUAUCCAAUGGUGGGGUUUAUGGAAGCCUUCUGAGUACUCCCAUCAUCAACCCUCCUCAGUCGGCAAUCUUGGGUAUGCAUUCAAUUGUGAGCCGGCCUAUGGUUGUUGGAGGUAAUGUCGUCCCAAGGCCAAUGAUGUACAUUGCUCUUACUUACGAUCAUAGGUUGAUUGAUGGUAGAGAGGCAGUUUUCUUUCUAUGUCGUAUUAAAGACGUUGUAGAGGACCCUCGGAGGCUUCUCCUUGACAUAUGAAGACACACCUCAUUCGGAGGCUUCUUCUCGACACAUGAAGACCCAGCAUGAGCGGUUUCUUGCUUUCAUUCUGGUAUACAAAAAUGGGUUUAUACUUUGACAAUAAUAAAUAUUACUGAAAUGAAGUUUUGCGGGAUUCCAUCUGUUGAUCAACCUUUGGUGGGUUCUUCAAUUGCGGCUUGUCAUGAUUGGAUUUGAAAUGAGAGAUCUUGUUAUAGGUGAAUAUUUUAAUUCUAUAGUAAAUGCUCAAUCAACCUGCAGAGGUUGAACUUGUUUUUUGAUUAAUUUAAAACUCUUUGAUGUUCUCAUU